GUUCAGCUCCAUCCUAAUCGCCGUCUGGGCAUCAUGAGUUCCUCCGUCGUGGCCUUCGGCAAUGACGACGGCGACGCCUGCGUGGGCGAGAACUCCGUCGUGGUCUCCGGCAAGGGCAAGGGCAAGGACGCCGUCAAGCCCUCGUGCACGGUGCAGUAUUCCUGCGUCAAGCGGCUUCGUGAGCGGCGCCUCCUCUCCUUCCUCCUGGACCAAGGCUUCCACGGCGCUUUCAGAGAGCUGACCCGCGAGACGGCGGCGCUGUUCGACCUGCAGCACAUGCGGCGGCUGGUCAGGAGGGGCCGGUGGCACGACGCCCUCUUUUACCUCGGCACCUUCCUGCCGCCGCUCAAAAGUGAGCGGAGGAGCCUGCGCGCCAGGAUCUUCCACAACUUCCUCCUCAUGCACGGUCGCUUCGCCGACGUCGUCGCCGGCAACAAGGACCCGUACCUGGAGAAGCAGUACGCCGACGGCCGCAGUAACUCCACACACGCCGAGCGCAGGUUCCGCUCCAUGAACUACUCCAUACUCGCCCCGGACGCCGGCCAGCUCAGGGCCGCCAUCGACUGGGGCAGAGUGAGGAGCCACGCAGAGUUUGUUGUCCGCAGGAUGGCUCUUGCUACUCCAGAGCUGAGACGCCCGAUGGUGUUGCCGUCCUGCUGCAUGAUGCCGCACGAUGUACUCCCCAUCGGGACCGGUUUGUUCCGGAAGCGACGCGUGAAGAAACAAGGCCCCCAGCCGCGAAAAACAGACGCUAUCUUAAUGGCCAUAAAACACCAGCAGUAUUGCAGACAGUUUAGGGAAUCGAGCGUCGCGUCGAGAGAUGAAGCACUGGAACUGCUGGUGAAUUUCCUAGAUGAGACUCUACAGGCUGGCCUACCUAGAGGGUGCAAACUAACCUAUGACCUUCAACCAACUGGGAAAGAAGAUGCUUCUGAUGGUCCGUUUGCGCAGACCAUGCUCGGCACAUCCACAGAUAAUGUUAAAGCCCAUGCCACAUCAUUAGUGAAAAUUCCUGGUUCUUGA